AAAUAGUGACGUGCCAGCAAGGUAAAUAAACAAGAAGAUGGAAGAAUCAAAUGAACAGAUACCUUGGACAUCCAUAGUUCAGCACUUUUAUUCUCAUCACGUAGAAAUUUCUCUUUUUGAAGAUAUUAGAAGUAUAUUGUACCAACAUAGAUGUAUGUCCAUACAAGGGUGUCGAGGCAGUGGAAAGACGCAUUGUGCAGUUAUUGUCAUGCAUAACUGUGCAAAUGCAGAAAAUAUAGCUUUCAUUACCCAUCCUUCACAAUGGGAAAAGAACCAUGACAAAACUUACAUAAUCCUUGAUAAUGUUGAUCUCUCUGAUCCAAACUGGAUCAAAGUUAUACAGGAUGCAUGCGAUGAACAACAAAAGAAAAGAUUUGUUAUAGUUACUCUGAACUCUACGUCAAGUCAUCCGAUAAAAAAUUUAGACAUGUUCUACUACAAAAUACAGUGGAAUUCAAUGGACCAAGUGAAAUUGAGGACGCGAUACGGAAUUACCCAAAAUCCAUAUGAUGUAAGUAUGGGAUUCCCUUUGUUUUGCUCAAUGCUUCAGAGAUGGAAUGUAGGGUACACGAAGGAGUUUCAAACCCCAGAUUAUUACUUUGAUGAAGUGCUCAAAAAGAUAGUGGAAACUGAUUUUGAAGUAUUCUGUAGGAUAUGCAGUGUUGCUAUGGUUGUAGGGGAAUGUGAUACUCUUGGUUUGGAAAGUCAAGAUAAAAAACGCGCAAUGAAUAAUAUCCUUUGUUUGAGAAAUAUGCGAAAAAUUCCGAAACAUUCUUCAUGUAGCGAUUCAUUUUUUCAAUCAGAGGAAGACAUUAUGAAGCAUUUGAAAUGGAUGUCAUUGUCUUUGGAAAACCAUCUGCGGUUACCAGCUCUGAAAUGGCUCCUUUCUCAUGACCCUGGCUUGCUCUUGGACAAUAUCAGUGUGUCGGCCUUAGUGACAUUUGCAGAACUUGGACAAGGCAGUAAAGCAGAAAGACAACUAGUAAUAGAUGAACAAUAUCACCUUGCGAUCAUACAGAGGAUAGCCUGUGGGUUAUGUGGAAUUGAUAAAGAUAUACUUGAAAAGUCCCCUUUAAUGAAAGAUUCUGAAUUUCUGUCAAAGCUUUUUAUGCAGCUAUACAUAUUAUCUUCUUCAAUUUAUCCAUGUGAAAAAUCCGCUGAAAAAUUUGAGAGGGAAUCUAUGGCAUUUUAUUUUCUUUCAAAAUUGGAUGAUUUUAAAGGGUUUUUCAAAAGUUUUCUCACGUGGAAAAACAAGAAAGAAAUGUUGGAAUUAAAAUCAGCUCUGCGGUUCUAUCUUGAUAGGAAUAUAAGUGAAGAAUUUCCUAAAACAUUCUCAUUUCGACUUAAAGAAUAUGCAGAUUGGUCAAAUAUUGAAGCAGAAUUGUUUGCCGUUGAAAACUGGGAUUUCACUGAUGCAAUCUUCCUCUGCUAUGAUUCACAAGACUUCCCACGUUAUGAUUACCAUGUGUCUUUGAUACGAAAACUACUCGAAAGGGUGGCAGAUAUAGAUAAAUCUUCAAAACAAGGGGACAUUGAUACCAGUGACGACACGUAUUGGUCAUUCCCACUAAUUAUGACACGCGGAAUAAUUUCUAAAAACAAUAUCGACUUGCUCUCACAUAAACGUUUUUACAGUGAGGAAGCCAUCGAAGAAUCAACAUUUGAAAAAAGUCUUGAGGACCAUUUUCCGAUAUGCAUCGUUUGUUUUAUGACUUCAGAAGAAGGCUCCACAUCAUCUGAAAAUGUCGAAAAACUGCGAAGAACUUUGCCUGUUUUAGCGAAACAUCGUGAUGGUAUUUCGCAGGUGGUCUUACUGGUGACUGAUCCUAGAUGUAAGAUAUUAAGUGAAGAAAUAUCUGUUAAAAAUGUACAAUUAGUACAAGUGUCAAAUAAAAAAGAGGAUGUGCGUGAGGCUGUUACGUCACUCCUGGAAGAAAAAUUGCUGAGCUUUAUUGAAAAGAUAGCAAAAACUCGGAAAAACUUAUCCAUAAACAGAUCGCUAUUGAUUCAAAAGAAUGCAAUCUGUAAGAGACUAAAUCGACGUAAGUACACGUCUGGAAAAAGGAAAUCCGAAAUAAAACCGAGUCGAGUCAUCCCUAAAAUGAUGAAGAUGGUCCUGGAUCAGCACAAACAAUCCAUAGUUAGUUACGGCUUUUAUAUGGACAAGUUUCAGAUACAUGUACAUGAAAAAACUUGCGAAAAGGUGAUAGACAAUAUUUGGCAGGAGUUGCAAAUAGUUCGAAAUAGCGGCGAAUUUACCUGGAAGACCGAAUUGAUCUCCACGCCCGGAGAAUGGGAUGUAAAGCCACAUUCAUUUGUUAAGCAAGGUGAUGUAUGUUUAUCAUUCCGUCGUCAGGAAAACGAUACAAGUGGUACAGUCAUGCAAAGGGAACACCAAGGAACAGUUGGAGGUUUUGCUAAGAUGAAGAAAAUGGGAGAAAAAGAUAAUCUUGUUGUAUUUAGCUGCAAUCACGUGUACCAGCCAAAGGAAUACAUGUAUGCUAGAUUUCAAGAAAACCAAUGUGUGCGACAAGUCGGAGUAUGUACUAGAAAUUUUCAUCCAAGAGAUCUUUCUCUCGUUCUAACCAAUCGCAAGCUCUAUGAUAAUUUUGAUCAAGUUUUUAGAAAUCCUAGCGAAGAGAAGGUGUCUGCAAGACUGUAUGAACAUGAGUCAGAUAAACUGAUGUAUGAAAUUGUUCAUAAAAAGGGUGCAAGGACUCGCUGGACGGACGGCAUUAUUAAAGGUAUAGAACAUUGCAAUGAUCAUACAAAUAAUUGCACAUAUACAGUUUUUUUCAUUGAAGGAAUGGAUGGUGACUUUUCAGAAUGUGGGGAUAGUGCUGCGUAUGUCAUAAGAAAUGGGUAUGACACUGAGUUAAACAUGAUAGACAUCAUCGGAGUACUUCUUGGAAAAUAUAUUCCACCUCCAGGGCAAAGAAAGCUGUACGAAAGUGACAAAACAGAGGAAGACGAUAAAUCAAAAUUAAUCGUUUGUGAGGAUCUAAAACCUGUCAUUGACAUAUUAAGUCGAGAAGGUUUUAGCAUUACAUUUUGUGAAAAUAUUGAACCAGAAUGAAAUUAUUUUUAUACCGAUUAAAAACUUACC